UCGUGCGCAGAAUGGGAAGCCUCGAGCAGUUCCAAAACUUACCGUACAAUCCCGCCGGUCCGUUGAAAUCUCGAUCGGCAUGGGUCCUUGUUCCGCAGUUGGUGAAACUCGUCUACAACGUGUUGCUUUUCGUCGCCAAGGUGAUUCCGCUUGUUGGGUAUCUGCUGCUGAGAAAACUUGUGUGCAAGAAAAUGAAAGACAUCACCGGAUGGAACGCGCUGGUCACCGGAGGAGCAAACGGAUUAGGACGUGCGAUCGCUAUCGAAUUGGCCAAGCACGGUUGCCACGUAAUCAUAGCCGACUUGGAUGAGUACAAUGCCCUACGGACGGUGCUGGAGCUGCGUUACUAUGGAGUGAAAGCCGUUGCUUAUAAGACCGACGUGGCUAGCCCUGACCAAGUGCAGCAACUGCAGCGGAAUAUCGAAUACGAAAUGGGACCGGUUGACAUUUUAGUCAACAAUGCUGGUUUGGUUCCUUUCCUGGUGUCGGAUGAAUACGUUCCGGAGAACUUGCAACGUUUGGUCAACGUAAACAUUUUGGCAAAUUUCUAUACCGUCAACACCUUCCUACCGGGAAUGUACGUCCGGCAGAGGGGUCACAUCGUGAGUAUCGUUGCGUCUUCCGCUUUUCUGCCGGCUGGUUUAAUGCGCCACUACACCACCACUAAGUAUGCCAUGAGAGGCUUUAUGGAGGAGCUUCGCGACGAGAUUCGUCUGGCCGGACAGACGAAGUUCGUUAAAAUCACGACCAUAUUUCCGUUCUUCUUGAACACACGACGGGAGUUGGUGGAUGCUAUUUCGAAAAUGCCAUAUUUGUCAAAAUUCCCACUGGUCGAUCCGGAGCAAGCCGCCAAAUCGAUUGUUAGAUCAAUUCGGUUGAACAAACGGAAAGCCUUUGCUCCCAACUGGAUUCCCGUUAUCUGGUUAACCUUCGUAUGUGAUAUGCCACGCAAAAUCAAAUAUCUAUUUCAGGACCAGUUCCUAGGAAAUUGA